AAGGAGAAGUGUAUACAUGGGGUCAUAAUGCUUAUAGUCAGUUGGGCAAUGGUACAACGAAUCAUGGUUUCGUUCCCUGUCAAGUCUCUACUAACUUGGUGAACAAGAAAGUCAUUGAAGUUGCCUGUGGCUCUCAUCAUUCUAUGGUAUUAACAUCUGAUGGAGAGGUAUACACAUGGGGUUAUAAUAACUCAGGCCAAGUUGGAUCUGGUUCAACAGCUAAUCAACCAAUUCCUCGAAGAGUUACCAGCUGCCUACAAAAUAAAAUAGUAGUUAAUAUAGCUUGUGGACAGAUGUGCUCUAUGGCUGUGGUGGAAAAUGGAGAGGUCUAUGUCUGGGGUUACAAUGGUAACGGCCAGCUUGGCCUGGGCAGCAGCGGCAAUCAGCCCACACCGUGCCGAAUCGCAGCUUUGCAAGGCAUUCGUGUACAGCGGGUUGCCUGUGGCUAUGCACAUACUUUAGUGCUAACAGAUGAAGGUCAGAUUUAUGCCUGGGGAGCCAAUUCAUAUGGCCAGUUAGGUACUGGGAAUAAAAGUAACCAGUCUUACCCUACAACAGUUGUUGUGGAUAAGGACAGAGUUAUAGAGAUUGCAGCCUGCCACUCUGCUCACACGUCGGCUGCCAAGACCCAGAGCGGCCAGGUGUACAUGUGGGGCCAAUGCCGUGGGCAGUCAGUGAUCCUUCCCCACCUCACUCACUUUGCCUGCACUGACGAUGUGUUUGCUUGCUUUGCUACCCCUGCCGUUAUGUGGCGUCUUCUGUCAGUAGAGCCUGAUGACCAUCUAACAGUAGCCCAGUCACUAAAGAAGGAAUUUGACAACCCUGAAACUGCAGACCUGAAGUUUCUAGUGGAUGGAAAAUACAUCCAUGUUCAUAAAGUUCUUCUCAAAAUUAGGUGUGAACAUUUUCGUUCCAUACUGAAUAAUGAUGAUGAAAUUAUAGAAAUGAGUGAAUUUUCUUAUCCUGUUUACCGAGCCUUCCUGGAAUACCUGUAUACAGACAACAUCAGGCUCCCUCCUGAAGAUGCAAUAGGACUGCUAGAUUUGGCAACACUCUAUAGAGAAAACAGAUUGAAAAAGCUUUGCCAGCAAACGAUCAAACAAGGCAUUUGUGAAGAGAAUGCCAUUGCUCUUCUUUCUGCUGCUGUCAAAUAUGAAGCUCAGGACUUGGAAGAAUUUUGCUUCAGGUUUUGCAUAAACCAUUUAACUGUUGUUACACAAACUCAAGGCUUUGCAGAAAUGGACCACGACCUCCUGAAAAACUUCAUUAGCAAAGCAAGCAGAGUGGGAGCAUUCCGAAACUGAGGCCUGACUACCACCAAGCUGAAGAGCACAUCCUCUUU